ACGGAGCUGGGGAGGGGGGGGAGUUCACAAUCAGGGGAAAGGACGUGGGGCCGGGCUCUGCGGACCCGCGCUGCUCUGGUCCCCUAACCCCGCGGGGAUGAAGAGGAACCGGGCGAGGGCGAAAGAGAAUGCGUGGGGCCUGGUUCCCCCCGCCAGGUGAAAAUCUAAGACGCGUCAAGUAUUCGGCGACCCGGCCCCCGACAACCCGGCUACUCAGGGCUUUCCAGGACGGACCCUCUCCUCCUCCCCACCCCAGCCCUCGGCCGCGGCCCCUUCGAGCGCGCCCGGGCGCCCUUCUUGGACCCCUCACCCAUGAUGAACCGCCCCUCCGCCCUCGUCGAUCCUCAGAGACGGGCCCCGGCCUCAGCAGCGAUUCCUGUUCCGGCCCCGGCGCUGCCACCUCCGUCCGCCGUGGCCUCCGGCUGCGGCCCCGCGGUUGCUGCCUCGCAAGCCCGGUCUGCCAGCAACUUCCACGUCGGCCUCCCGGCGGGGGCGGGCCCGGGGCCGCCGCGACUGCGCGCCGGAACGGCGGCCUGGGCGUCUGCGUCGCCGCUUUCGACCCGAGGUCCUCGCGCGCUGGGUGUAAAUACUGUGGACACAAGCAGAGAAAAAAAAUUCAAGGACCCGAGAGUUCCCCUGAUGCUGCUUUCCUGGACAGGAAGGGCUUCUGAAAUAGUCCUGCAUUGUCCCAGGACUCUGCAGAGUCCCCGCAAACAAGAAGGCCUUCACCA